UUGAAGAAAUAGCAGUCCCGGAAGGUAUGAUAUCGAAGAUGCGUCGAUGUUCAUCAUCGACUUCGACGGAUAAUCGAAUACGAGAACCACUGACAGAAGCAGAACUUCGAACACGACCAGUAAUAACACCGGAAGAUGUAUUACGCCUCAACAAAAUUACCGAUGGUUAUUUAUGUGAACCGGACGCAAACAUUUAUGAUAUCGAAUUUACAAGGUUUAAAAUUCGUGAUUUAGACACAGAUCAGAUUUUAUUCGAGAUUGCCAAACCUACUACAGAAGAGCUUGACAUUGAUGAUUUGAAUUUGGAAAAAUGUGAUGAUGCACGUGCUGCUCGUUUUGUUCGUUAUCAGUUCACACCUGCAUUCCUACUUCUUAAACAUGUUGGUGCAACUGUUGAAUUCAAUGUUGGAAAUAAACCGGUGAAUAAAUUUCGCAUGAUUGAACGACAUUUCUUCCGUGAUCGUUUGUUAAAAAGUUUUGAUUUCGAAUUUGGCUUCUGUAUUCCGAACAGUAGAAAUACUUGUGAACAUAUUUAUGAUUUUCCACAACUCUCCGAAUCAUUAAUAGAUGAAAUGAUUUCAAAUCCAUACGAAACACGUUCCGACAGUUUUUAUUUUGUGGAAGAUCGUCUAAUAAUGCACAACAAAGCGGAUUAUGCAUACAAUGGUGGCGACUGAUCUUACGACAUUAUGCUUCUGAAUUUGUAUUCAUACCUUUUUAUCUUUUUUUAAAAUUGAUUAUUGUUAUGGUCCCCCUAAUGCAUAUGACACGACCUUUGUUUCCUGCAAUUUGCCACAUAAUCUUAAUUAGUUUAAAAGAGCAAAAUUAAAAUCUGG